AUGACCACUCUUAGAAAAUGCUACAAUGUUGUUUGGAAAAAAAAAAUUCAUUUUGAGAUGAAUGACAUUUAUCAUGAAAGGCAGGUAAAAGAGCUUUGUGCACUACAUGCACUGAAUAAUCUUUUUCAAAGCAAAAAGUAUGAAAAAAAAGAAUUGGACGCAAUCUGUGAAACAUUGGCUCCUAAUUCAUGGAUCAAUCCUCAUAAAUCAGUCUUAGGAUUGGGAAACUAUGAUAUUAAUGUUAUUUUAAUUGCAUUACAAUCUAAAGGUUAUGAGGGAAUUUGGUUUGACAAACGAAAAGAUCCAAAUAGUAUAAAUCUUUCGAAUAUAGUCGGGUUUAUACUCAAUACUCCUAGUGAUUACAAAUUUUGUGUUUUCACAAUACGCUUGCACAGAAGACAUUGGGUAGCCAUUCGUAAAAUUGAUGACCAGUAUUAUAAUUUAGAUUCUAAAAAUGAAUCUCCACAAGUACUCGGAGAUUCGAAUAGUCUUAUCAGUUUUCUCAGGACAGAACUUAAAAACAAUGACAGAGAACUGUUUAUUGUAGUCACAAAAGAAGUUGAAAAAAAUCAGGCGUGGUCUAUUCCAUUAUCGAGCAAUGGAAACACUACCAGUUUGUGA